CACCACCAUAAACACCACCAUCAUGGGCCUCACCAUCAACCCGAAUAUCGCUCUGAAAUGGUAAAAACUGCUUUCUGGGACUACGUUGGAGAAUCAACCAAGUGCGACAAAGACCAUGUGUGGGAAAUCAGGCACUCCCCUCCAGGAGAGAGUCUGUGUGAUAUUAUUUCAAAGAGCUGGGAAACCACCACCAAUUACUUCCGCAUUAUGCACAAUCAUCUAGUCAUGUGGCUCAACGAAAUGUUUCAAAAGUUUUUGCACGAGGUAGAUGACAUACGUGAGCACAUUGAGGAGUUUCUAAAGGACCUUGAGGCUGAUAUGAAGCAGCAAACCAAGGAGCUGGCAGAUAAAAUCCGUAGCAAGAUUGAGGAACUUAAGAAGCAUGCUGCUAACUACAUGGAAUCCUUGGACACUGAAGGUCUGAGGGAUGCCCUGAUGAAGGAUGUCGAGGAGAUCUAUGAACAUCUGGAUGACUACUUUGAAGACAUGGACUCUGACCAUGGCCACCACCAUCAUGGCCACCAUCAUCACUGCCACCAUCAUCAUGGCYACCACCAUCAUGGCCACCACCAUCAUGGCCACCACCAUCAUGGCCACGACCAUCACUGCCACCACCAUCAUGGCCACCACCAUCAUGACCACCACAUUGAUCAUGGCCACCAGCACCACCACCAUGAUCAUGGCCAGCAGGAGCACCAUCAUCGUGCACCACCAUCAUCAUGGCCACCACGACCACCAUCAUGA